UCGAUUUCACUGCGCCGUCGAGCUCGGUUGAGUCAGGUCGAAGAUGCCGGUCCCCUGGGAGGCCCUCAUCCCGUUUGGUCUGCUGACGACCAUGUUCGCCAUCACGGGCACCGGCUUUUCUGCAGCCAGGAGGAUCACCAACGGUGGCAAGCCGCCUCGCUACAAGCUGGACGAAUGGGAGGAGAUGAUGAUGGCCAGAGACGAGCGGCUGACGGGCAAGUUCAGAGGACAGACGAUCGCACCUGAUGCGCCGCCGGAAUUCGAGACGAAUUCGGUCUGGCAGACGGAGAAGAUCAACUACUGAUCUCACUCGCAAUGCUGACUCGCAUGAGCUUGUACCAAUGCAACAACAGCCAUUCCCAAACCUCUAUGCGAUCCUUGCGCGCCAAUCAAUGCGAGCGCGCGAUGAGCUCCCCUCGAGCGGCCAGCUGACCGACAUGCUGAGCUGCUU